ACCUUACAUAUAGGGGCGCUCUAUCAUCUUGUUACCUAACAUAUAUUAGCGCUUAUCUUCCGUAAUUUGUGUUACGGUUGCGAGGAGGUGCUACACUGAAUGACAAAUAACCGUCAUGUCCUUUUUUCAAGCGUUGAAUCAAAAAGUAUAAAGCUAAUUCAUAUCGGGCAGAAAUACAAUCAAACAAGAGAGACUCCAACAAUUAUCUCAUUGCGCUUGUUCAAAAAUGAUAAAGAGCAUUUUGUGGGUGCCUAAAAGCCUUGCGCUCGGGUCCUUAUUUUUUAUUUUAAUCCAAAACUUGGCACUUUGAUGACAGUGCCUAGUGUAUGUAUAUUCACUCAUCCAUUCCUUACAAUUGCACAGUCAUACAAUUUUAAAACUUUGUAUAUACCAUCUGAAUAUUACUACUUAAAAGCUUUCUUUUUCUAAACGUCUUUUUUCGUUUCAUAAAAUUACUUGCAUGCUCCUGUCUGCCGUACUGCCAAGAAAGCGCAAUGUAGUCAGAGUGCUACUCGCCUCAAGCGCGUAGCCAGGGUUUUCAGCGGGGGAUGCACAUUGAUAGAUAUAUGGAAAAAUAUAUUUGAACAAAAUAAUAUUUUUGUAUUAUGCUAUACCCUUUUCUAUAUGCUUCGUCUUCUCUAGAUGAACAUAGGAACAUAUCAAAUCGAAAGUCAAUUGAAGUAUUUCUAUGCCAUCAACAUUUAAAUAUGCUAGUAUUAUUAUGUUAACCUUGGUCAACAGGGAAAUGAUUUUGCUCGCGUCUCUCCUUCGCUAAUAUCAAUUAUCUAGGUUGUGAAUCCAAGUUUAUUUACAAGUUUCUUCAAAUCUGACAUUUUUUUUUUUAAUCUCGUCUGCAGGCAACCCCGAGCUAUCCGGAAACACUCAUCUUCGGUUUCUGUAUAUCAGACAAAGGCGUACCCUGGUUGAGUAGGCGUUUAAUAUCAACUCGAUAGGGUUACAAGGUGUGGAUGGCUUACCUUGACUUUCAAACAGUGCUCCAUUUACUUUGACCUUUUGAAACCGAGGUAGUGCAAACAACUUAAAGGAGAGAAGUGGAUAUAUGAUUUUAAUUGCUGCCUCAAUCGACUGUUUUCUUUUCACUUGGUAGUUUUAAAUGGAGGAUAUCAAAGCUAUAAGUUCAGACAAAAGAGCUUUUUCAGGUCACGAAAACUCAACAUGCAAACAGCGAACGCGUUUCAAGAAUACGAUCCAUUUAUGGGAAUUUCUACUCGAGCUUUUGCACAGAAGCAAAUAUGGCGAUAUUAUCACUUGGACCAACAAACACGAUGCGGAAUUUAAGCUCCUUAAACCAGAGGAGGUCGCUAAACAGUGGGGGAAGGUCAAACACAGACCGAAAAUGAAUUACGAAAAACUAAGUCGCUCAUUGCGAUUUUACUACAAACAACGAAUAUUAAAAAAGGUAUCUGGCCAUCGACAUAUAUACCAGUUUCUGGAGCUCCCGUUUGAGUAUCAACCCCUUAUCCGUUUGAGCCCCUACGAGAGGCAAAAGCAAUUACUCAAUGCCCGGAAAACGGUCCUGCAAAGCAAAGAGGGAGACGCAAAAUCAGAGAAGUCUUACAUGCUUGAGGGUGACCAGGAGGAAACUGCAUCCCAUAGAAGAGCAGAGACCCGAGGCUCUGCUGGAACUAGCGAGAGACAACGCCUUUUAGAUGCACAACGGGAGGUUUCCAUUAUACCUGAAUCUUUGCUGAAAAAUGCUACUGGAAGUAACGACCUGAAAAAACAAAGCCUGUCACAAGAUCUAACUUCGAACGAACGAAGACAAUCAUUAGAGGGAGUCUUAUGCCAUAAGAUAUCCGUCCCGCGCCCAGUCAUAAACUGCACCAAGAGUAAAAACAUCUCUGCUGAACAAGCCACAAGACAGAGGUCCACUGCAUUUGACCAGCCCAUAGUAAAUGGAACUAGCAAACUGGUACGGUCUACUGAAAACAUCCAAAAUAGGUAUCGGUCCGGAGUGAAAUCCCCAUCAGUCGCCAAUAUGCACCCCCAAAACCAGCACCUAACAGCUUCCUACCAAAGGCGGGAUGACCACAUCCGCGUUAGAAAUUAUAGAAGGUCCCAGUCUGCGGACGAGGCGACGGAGACAAUGAUGCCAUGCGCUUUUCCAAGUCCUAAAGUCUACAUAGCACGCGAAGCCAAGACUACACAAUGUAGUCCUUUUUUAAUGGAUCCACACAGAACUAUGUCAGUACCGACGACGUCUUUGCUUCCAUGGUUCCUGGAUCCAUCUUGUAUAAAUUGUAUAGCGGCGAAGGGGAUUAAAGGCAGCAGGAUCAUAUUCCCAGCAGGCUACAAAAAAGCCAAAUAAAUAGUCCUCAAUAAGAACUGUACUAUAAGCUGGGGACAAACUGUAGACAAAAUAUCUAAAAAGUCUCUUGCUCGCUAGUUAUAGAUGAUACCAUCUUUUGACGCCUUCGUCUCCACAAUCACGAGAAAGAUUGCCAAUCACGUAUGACGUUUAAACGGUCGGGAAGAGGGUAGUGGCUCGGAAAUCAUGAAAAAUAUAUGUAUCUACUAGUUUUCUCCCCCCCCCCCCUCCGACCCUCCCCUUUUUGACCACUGCCGCCUUAUUAUACCAAAUGAAAUAAAAUGCCUAGCUUUGCUUGUCUAACGACGUAUAUAAUACAUGUGUAUACAUCUUU